AUGGCAGCCCCCACGGAUAACAUGUCAGACGUCAGUGACGAAGAACUCAAUCUAUUCUCAUCGAAUUUUGAUCCUUUGCGAGCUUUGUACUCGACCAAUAUCCCUGUUCAGUUUCCAGACGUUCGAGUGUUUAACAAUGUCGCAGAAUACGAAAGCAAAAUGCAAGGAAAAGGGAGAGCUCGUCAAGAUCCACAUGUGUCAAUGUCCCAAAAUCCGCCGUCCCAGACAGCGAGUAGACCUAAAGCUCCAUCACACAAACCGUCUGCUCAGGGCAGACCGGUUCUACAGAUGCCUGACGCCAGUAUGCAUAGUGUAAGACGUAGGAUGCUAAGGAAUGUGUUGACACGAAUGGAUCAAAGCUUCAUCAGUGGGCCGCUGAGUAUCUUGCGGCGCUGUGUUCAGGAGAAGCUGCAGACAUACAUAUGGACUCGCAGUGCAUGCAGUGUUCGGGGGAUUCUCAGAGGAUAUGUUGUAGCUUUCGACAAACACUUUAAUUUGGCAAUGAUUGAUGUUGAUGAAGUCUACAGAAUUCCCAGUGUUUGCAGGAAGAAAAUGAAAAAGAUGAGAGAUGUAAAACAAGAUCGCCUGGCUCAAGAAAGAUCUGCAGAUGUAGAGAUGGAUGAAGCUGAUGCAAGAGCCACCCCUCGCAGUGAAGAUCAACGCAGACAUUUCGUAUCAGAGCGAUUAUCCUCCACACAGACAACUCGUCGCUCUACCUCAACAACUCAUACACACCAAACCUCAGGUCAGGUCUUGCAAUGUGAAACACCUCUGCCCCGUGAAGCAGCCUGGCUUGGACUGAGACCAGAAGAUGUUCAGUGGCGACAUGUGAAUCAAUUGUUCAUAAGGGGAGAUAAUGUGGUGUGUGUCAAUCUUGUCGGUACUUGAAGGAGAUAAAUCAGAUGACAACUGC